AUGGGAAAUGCUUCAGACACAGCCCUGUUUGUCUCCACAAUCUCAAAGGAGCUUGACUUCCUCAUGGGCAUACUCUACAGCAUAUUCUGUGUUCUGUCUCUCCUGGGGAAUGGCAUCUUGAUGCUUGUUGCGUAUCGUAAGCGCUUGUCCUUGAAGCCGGCCGAGUUCUUCAUCAUUAACCUGUCCAUCAGCGACCUUGGGAUGACCCUGUCUUUAUUCCCUCUGGCCAUUCCCUCUGCAUUCGCUCACAAGUGGUUGUUUGAUGAGAUCACCUGUCAGUUCUAUGCUAUGUGUGGGGUUCUGUUUGGUCUGUGCAGCCUGACCAACCUCACAGCUCUCUCCUCCAUCUGUUGCCUCAAAGUCAGCUUCCCUAACUAUGGUAACAAGUUCUCCUCGUCCCAUGCCUGCGUCCUGGUGGUGGCUGUGUGGUGUUACGCCUCUGUGUUCGCCAUCAGUCCCCUGGCACAGUGGGGACACUACGGGCCCGAGCCUUAUGGCACUGCCUGCUGCAUUGACUGGCACGCGCCCAACCACGAGCUGUCAGCCCUGUCCUACAUCGUCUGCCUGUUCCUUUUCUGCUACGCUCUGCCCUGCACCGUCAUUUUCCUCUCCUACACCUUCAUCCUGCUGACGGUGCGCGGCUCUCGCCGGGCCGUCCAGCAGCAUGUGUCAUCCCAAACCAAAACCACCAAUGCACACAGCCUCAUUGUCAAGUUGUCGGUAGCAGUAUGCAUCGGUUUCCUUGGUGCAUGGAGCCCUUACGCCAUAGUGGCCAUGUGGGCGGCAUUUGGUGAUGCCACCAUCGUGCCUCCUGCUGCAUUCGCCCUGGCGGCCAUCUUUGCCAAAUCGUCCACCAUCUAUAACCCUAUGGUCUACCUGCUGUGCAAACCCAACUUCCGCAAGUGUCUUUGCCGAGACACGUCCACAUUCCGCAAUAGGAUCUGCAGGGGCAGCCCCCGGCCUGAACAGAAAGACCCCUUUGGAUCCAUAUCACAACCAUCCCAGAGAAACAACAAGGAAAUGAGCAUCUCAUACGGACAGCCAGAGAGCCCCGUGGCAUGUCUGCACUGUGCUGAGGAUGGAGCUCCUUGCCAAACAGGGACCACGUCCCAGAGGACUGCCUGCAUACUGACCGGCUCCACCUACGGCGAGGUGACUGUCAGUCAACUCUCUGCCAAUCUGCAGGCUGAUUUCCUCUAG